AUGUCCCACUCACAUCAUAACGUUGGAAUUGGAGUCAAGCUUGCAGCUGGAGGCUUUGCUGGAGUUACUGAAAUUUUGGUCAUGUAUCCACUGGAUGUGGUCAAGACAAGAGCUCAACUCUACGCCGGUACUGGAAAGACUCCAAGUAUUAUUGGUACAGUGUCCGAGAUUGUAAAGACCAGUGGAUUGAAAUCAUUGUAUCGUGGUAUUUUACCACCUAUUCUUAUGGAAGCUCCAAAACGUGCCGUGAAAUUUGCUGCCAACGAAUUUUUCAAGGAUAUUUUCAUGGAAAAGGAAACAAAGAAGCUUUCACAAGUUGGUGCUGCAUUGAGUGGUUCAUGUGCUGGUAUUACUGAAGCUUUUGUUGUCGUUCCUUUCGAAUUGGUAAAGAUUCGUUUGCAAGCUAAGGAAAAUCUCGGACUUUACAAGAACACUCAAGAUGCCAUCACCAAGAUUUUGAAACAAGAAGGAGUUCUCACAUUGUACACUGGUUUGGAGGCAACUAUUUGGAGAAACGCCACAUGGAAUGGUGGUUACUUUGGUUUAAUUCACGCUGUCAAGUCAAGAAUGCCAGCAACCAAUUCUGAGGGUCAACGUUUGUUCCAAGACUUUAUUGCUGGUUUCCUCUCAGGUACAUUUGGUACCAUGUUGAACACACCAUUUGACGUGGUAAAGACCCGUAUUCAAAACCAAUUGCCUGGAACUGUUCACAAGUACAAUUGGACUUUACCUGCCCUUGUUAAGGUUUAUAACGAGGAAGGUGUUAAGGCAUUGUAUAAGGGAUUCUGGCCAAAGGUAUUGCGAUUGGGUCCUGGAGGUGGUAUUUUGUUGGUUGUGUUCAACUUUGCUGUGAGAUUUAUGUCUCCACAACCACAACAUUAA